AGGCCCUGAGUCACGGUGACUAGCCCUUAUCCAAGAUGGCGCUGGCCAGCCUGCUGGAGCCGCAGCUGCCCGUGAACAGGGCCGGGUUCUUCGGUUUCGGGGCCGGCAACGAGUUCCGACUCCCCGCGCUCGGCACCUGCGGUGGGGGCGGCCAUGGGGCGGAGGCCCAGGCCUCGGGGAUGCCCCUGCUUCUGGCGGCCCCUGGUCCCGGCCUGGACCGAGGCACCGCCGCGGGGGAUGCCAAGAUCGAGCUGCUGCACGGCACCACCACCCUGGCCUUCAAGUUUCAGCAUGGUGUGAUAGUGGCCGUGGAUUCCCGGGCAACAGCAGGUGUCUACAUUGCUUCUCAGACGGUCAAGAAGGUCAUCGAGAUUAACCCUUACCUGCUGGGCACCAUGGCUGGUGGUGCAGCCGAUUGCAGCUUCUGGGAGCGGCUGCUGGCACGGCAGUGUCGCAUCUAUGAACUCCGCAACAAGGAGCAGAUAUCGGUGGCUGCUGCCUCGAAGCUGUUGGCCAACAUGGUGUAUCAGUACAAGGGAAUGGGGCUCUCUAUGGGUACCAUGAUCUGUGGCUGGGACAAGCGAGGGCCAGGCCUUUAUUACGUGGACAGUGAAGGGAACCGCAUCUCGGGCAAAGUUUUCUCGGUGGGCUCCGGUUCUGUCUACGCCUACGGAGUGAUGGACCGUGGCUACUCUAACGAUCUCACCGUCGAAGAAGCCUGCGAUCUGGCCCGUCGCGCCAUCUACCAGGCUACAUACCGCGAUGCCUACUCUGGGGGCACAGUCAACCUCUACCACGUACGCCAGGAUGGCUGGGUCCGUGUCUCCAGCGACGACGUGUCCAAACUCCAUGAAUUAUAUAAUGACAAAGCCACAGAAACAGUAGCUUGAGAUGAUGGACUUUGGGAGAAAGCUGGGGUGCUGAUUUGGGGUCUUUUAAGGGUUGUUGGCCGGAGGAAGGGCGGGACUCACAGAUGCUGCUGUCUGGGAAGAUGUCUCAUGCUUGUAACCCAUGUUUCAUGUAGUAUUUGGUUUUUUUUCCUUGUUCAGAAUUAAACUUCUGCUGUCCAAACUG